GUCUCGCUCCGGGAUUUGCACGGUUGCGGUGCCGCCGCUCAGUGUCUGUCGGGCCGGCGGCGGGAGCUGCCGGAGCCCGAGCCCAGCUCGGCUGCAGCGCGGCCCGGCCCGGCCCCUCCCGGCUGCGGGAUGGAGCUGCCGGCGGUGGGCGAGCACGUCUUCGCGGUGGAGAGCAUCGAGAAGAAGCGGAUCCGAAAGGGCAGAGUCGAGUACCUGGUGAAAUGGAGGGGAUGGUCGCCCAAAUAUAACACGUGGGAGCCGGAGGAGAACAUCCUGGACCCCCGGCUGCUCAUCGCCUUCCAGAACAGGGAGCGGCAGGAGCAGCUGAUGGGAUACCGCAAGCGGGGGCCCAAGCCGAAGCCGCUGGUCGUGCAGCUUCCGUCCUUCGCCCGCCGCUCGAACAUCCUCACGGGGCUGCAGGACCCGGCCGUGGACACCAGGCCCAAGCUGGACCUCGGCUCCUCUGGCAAGAGCCAGCAGCACCAGUAUGAACUCAACAGCAAGAAGCACCACCAGUACCAGCCCAACGGCAAGGAGAGCAGCAUGAAGCACCAGUCCCACAGCAAAGGGAAGUAUUACUACCAGCUGAACAGCAAGAAGCACCACCACUACCAGCCCGACCCCAAGAUGUACGAGCCCCAUUACCAGCCCAGCAGCAAAGAGCCGCAGGGCCAGGCCUGCUUGGACAAUAACAAGGCCCCCCUGGUCGCCCACCCAGACAAGUGGGCUCACGGCCCAGCCAAAAACUUGCUGGGCCCAGUCAAGAGCCUCACAGCAGAGAGCAAAAAUGGGGCUGAGAAGAACCUGUCCAGUGGUACUGGGCCGCCCCCCCGGGACAGGGUGACCAGCAAUGGCCUUGGGGGCAAGAUGAAGAUCGUCAAGAACAAAAACAAGAACGGGCGCAUUGUGAUUGUGAUGAGCAAGUACAUGGAGAACGGCAUGCAGGCGGUGAAGAUCAAGUCUGGGGAGCCUCCCCGGAAGCGGGCUGCGGAGGAGAGGACUCCUAAGAAAGGUGGGGAGGAGAAGGUGGAGGCUUGGAGGAAGCCAGGGGAGGACAGGGUGGUGGGCAGCAAUGCCCUGAGUAAAGCGGAGGGCGAGAGCCGGCAGCCCCCUGCGGAGCUGGAGGAAGGUCCCCAAAAGACUCCCUUGGCCAAGGAGCUGCCCCUUCCUCCAGCGGAGCAGCCCUUGCAGCUCACUACCAAGCCGGACCUCGUGCCCUGGUCGCUGAGUCCCGUCUGCGAGCACAGCCCUUCCUCCAUGGGACUGAACCUGUCCAGCGCCAGCUCGCGGAAGCGCUGCCUGUCGGAGCCGCACGCCGAGCGCGAGCCGGGCAAGAAGCGCCUGACCUCCCGCAGCAUCAGUGCCCCCACCUGCCUCAGCCCCCCGGGCCCCGAGCGGCCGGAGCCGCCCGCCCAGCCCGAGGUCAUCCUGCUGGACUCGGACCUGGACGAGCCCAUAGACUUGCGCUGCGUGAAGCCGCGGGCGGAGGGCGAGCUGGCCCUGGCGCAGGUGAAGCCGGAGCUGCCGCCGCCGCCGGUGGCUGAGACAGCGGCCCCGGAGCCUCCGCAGCCCCAGGAGGCCGCAGAGGAGGAGGAAGAGGAGGAGGCCGAGUCCCUGCAGGAGUUCAAGCCCUUCUUUGGGAAUAUAAUUAUCACAGAUGUGACCGCAAACUGCCUGACUGUGACCUUCAAGGAGUACGUGACGGUGUGAGGUGGGAUGGCAGCCGCUCCCCGUGGGAGCUGCCUGCCCAUCCCGGGGCCGCCGGCCCCACGGCCUCCCUCCAAGGUACUGGUGCCCCUUGCCCGGAGCCCACGGGCCCCUGCCCGCGCCACGGCGGCCGAGCCUGCCGUCUCCAGCC